AUGGAUCCCAAGACGUGGUUUCAGUUUUUCGUCAUUGCUACAGUGUCUCUCAGCAAUAGUGUGAUUGCUAACUUUAGCUCUUUGAUCAUUAAAGGCUUAAACUUCGAUUCCAGACAGUCACUCCUCCUUGGGAUGCCUCUGGCUGUUUAUAAUGUAAUCGUCGUCCUCCUUUCCGCCUGGCUUACUAAGAGAUUCCGCAAAUCCCGUUGCAUUGUCGCUGCAUGCGCCUCGGCCCUUUCGCUAGUAGGCACGAUCCUCGUCCGCCAGCUACCAGCAACAGACAAUGCUAAAAGCUAUAUAGGGCUCAUCCUAUGCGCCUCGUGCGCUAACGUAUUCCCAAUGAUGCUGAGUCUCAUAUUAAGCAACGUUGCUAGAUUUACCAAGAAGUCCACAGUCAACGGCGUGUUCUUCCUCGGAUACUGUGCAGGCAAUAUUACUGGUCCACAAUUCUUUUAUUCCAACAGAGGCACCCAAAUACGGCCUUGGGAGAACUCGAGGCGCGACAAAGGUCAGGGGGUAUAUAUUGAUGCCGAGUCGCCACAGAGAGAUGCGAUGCCUGCUAUUGUCAUGGAGGCGACUGAUGAGACGGAUUUUGAAAAUACAAACUUUCGGUAUUACCUGUAG